AUGGCAUCUUCUUCCAAGUUGAUGGCGUCUUCGGAUUCACGAAAAUCGGAGUCCUCCUCUCCUUCUCCCACCCCUCAAUUCACCACCGCCAACUUCAUCCCCAUCUCCAACGCUGCCAUCACUACUGCUCCCAAAACCGUCGACGACGUGUGGCGGGAGAUCGUGACCGGCGACCGCCGCGAAUGUAAAGAGGAGGCUCCUGAUGACGAGAUGAUGACUCUUGAGGACUUCCUCGCCAAGGCCGGUGCCGUUGACGACGACAAUGACGACGUUGACUGCGAUAUCAAGAUGCCAAUGCCCCUCACUGAGAGGCUCGGCAGUGGCGUCUUCGCCUUCGACCCACUACCCGCCACGAUGCCGUUUCACGACGGAGUGGAAGGUUCCGUCAUAGGGUUCAGCAACGGCCUGGAGGUGGUUGAAGGUGGGAGAGGUAAGAGAGCGCGUCCUGUUUUGGAACAGUUGGAUAAGGCUGCGCAACAGAGACAGAGGAGAAUGAUAAAAAACAGAGAAUCUGCUGCUCGGUCUCGGGAACGCAAACAGGCUUACCAAGUGGAAUUGGAGUCCUUGGCGGUGAAACUAGAGGAGGAAAACGACAAGCUCUUGAAAGAAAAGGCCGAGAGGAAAAAAGAGAGGUACAAGCAGCUAAUGGAAGAAGUACUUCCUAUAGCACAAAAACAAAGGCCACCGUGUAUACUCCGAAGGGCUCGCUCCUUGCAGUGGUAG